AUGGGAACUGCCAAAAUUGAUGUAAAUACUUUAAUACAUGACACGUUAAUAAUUGAUAUUUGUGCAAGUAUCAAAGAAAUUGUAACAAAAAGAAUUACAUAUGGUGUAGAUGCAGGAAUGAAGCUGAGAGAAGAUUUCAAAGCGAUGCUUGAAAACCCUAUCAAUUCUGAUGUCUCCCUGCAUGUUGACAACGAACGAAUAUCUGCUCAUUGGUCGGUUUUGUGUUCAAGGUCACCGUAUUUUAAAAGAAUGUUCGACAGUCAAAUGAAGGAACGAGUGCAGAAUUCAAUUACAAUUACGGAUAUCUCUGCCUCUACUCUCAAAAACCUCAUUAAGUUUCUGUAUUCCGCAUAUUUCUUUGAUAAUGAUAAAAGCAACAACAUUGAAGAAUUGUUUGAUUUAUACUACGGAGCAGAUAAGUACGAAGUGAUAGAUUUAAAAGCUUUAUGUGCAUGUAAAAUUAAGAAUAACGUCACUGCUGACAAUGUGUGCAAAAUUUUGCUACUAGCUCAUCGUCAUAACGAUGAAGAUUUGGAAAGGGAGGCGAUGGACUUUAUUCAUUUGAACUCAGACGCAGUGUUUCAGUCGGAUGGAUGGAAAAAAUUUAAAGCAAGCGAGCCAUUAGCUGCAGAACUUUGCAGUUUCUUUUGCUUGAAGAAAAAUUAA